AUGCUGAUGGUGUCCGAGCCACCUCGCUGCGAACACGUCCUGGAGCUCCUGGAAUGGUUCGACAUGCCCGAGUGCUACGUCUUGAUCCUGGAGCGACCCGCCCGCUGCAUGGACCUCUUCGAAUACCGCAGGAACGGCUCACUUCCCGAACGUCUGGCUCAGGUCAUCAUGUGGCAGGUGGUUCUCGCCGCCCGUCAUUGCCGUGAUCGCGGCGUUCUCCAUCGGGAUAUCAAGGAGCAGAACCUUCUGGUCAGUUUCGACACGUUAGAGGUCAAGCUCAUAGACUUUGGCUGUGGGGACUUGCUGAAGUCGACCCCCUACAGACGUUUUGCAGGCACCAUACUAUACGCCCCACCUAAAUGGAUCGAGGAAGUGUGUGGAGAGCUGCCAUUCUGGAAUGAGAGGGAGAUCGCUGCUGGACAUCUGAUCUUCAAAGCUGGUGUGUCUAAAACCUGCCGUCAUCUGAUAAGACGCUGCCUGGCCAAGGAUCCGAAUGAGCGACCCAGCCUCGAGAUGAUCCUGGAGCACAACUGGUUUUCAGAGAUUCUUAGGAACUAA